AUGGCCGAGGCUGCAGCAGCUGCUAGCACUAAUCCCAAUGCGGAGAUUGUGCGGGGUCAGGUGUUCGAAGUGGGGCCCAGAUACAAGAGCUUGCAGUACAUUGGGGAAGGAGCCUAUGGCAUGGUUGUGUCCGCCUACGACACCAUGAAGCUAGCUAAGGUCGCCAUUAAGAAAAUAUCUCCUUUCGAACACCAAACUUAUUGUCAGAGGACGCUAAGAGAAAUCAAGAUAUUGACACGAUUUAAGCAUGAGAAUAUAAUUGAUAUUAGAGAUAUUUUAAGAGCCGAAACAAUCGAUCAAAUGAAGGACGUCUACAUCGUCCAGUGUUUGAUGGAGACGGAUCUUUAUAAGUUAUUAAAAACACAAAAAUUAAGUAACGAUCACAUCUGCUACUUCCUGUAUCAAAUCCUUCGAGGAUUGAAGUACAUACACUCGGCUAACGUGCUCCAUCGUGACCUCAAGCCGUCUAAUUUGCUACUCAACACCACCUGUGACCUAAAGAUUUGUGACUUUGGUCUGGCUCGCGUGGCCGACCCUGAUCAUGACCACACAGGCUUCCUCACGGAGUACGUCGCCACACGCUGGUAUCGCGCGCCGGAGAUCAUGCUGAACUCUAAGGUAUUUCGAUAUUUAAGAAAGCCUUUAGUUAUUGGAUACACAAAGUCAAUAGACAUCUGGUCUGUCGGCUGUAUCUUGGCGGAGAUGUUGUCCAAUCGGCCGAUCUUCCCUGGGAAGCAUUACCUUGAUCAACUGAACCACAUUCUGGGCGUGCUAGGUUCUCCGAGCCAGGAAGACUUGGACUGCAUCAUCAAUGAAAAGGCUCGUAGUUACCUGGAGUCCUUGCCGUAUAAGCCUCGCGUGCCGUGGACGGAGUUGUUCCCGGGAGCUGAUCCUCGAGCCCUGGAUCUGCUUCAUCGUAUGCUGACCUUCAACCCUCACAAACGCAUCACAGUCGAGGAGGCAUUGGCACAUCCCUACCUUGAGCAGUACUACGACCCUAAUGACGAGCCCGUCGCCGAAGAGCCGUUCAGAUUCACUAUGGAAUUGGACAACUUACCAAAGGAGACGUUAAAGCAAUAUAUAUUCGAAGAGACAUUAUUGUUCAAACAGAUCAAUGAGGACGCGUAG